AUGGAGAAAAGUACGUAUGCCAAACUUAGCGCAGGCAACAAACACACGCGCCACAACAACAUCUACAUCCACACAAUUCUCACCAUGAUAAAAAAGUACAACAGGCAGGUUACUUUCAAAGAGAUAGAAGGAGAAACAGGGAUCGACAUAGAAAGAACCGCUGGGCUGCUUGAUUUGCUCAUAAAAAAUCAAAGGAUAGUGUGGGAGGGAAAGACGCUGAGGUUUGUUCCGCUGCACAAAAUAGAAAAUGAAAGUGAGCUACUGGAAAUACUGAAAAAAACAAACUCAGAGCACGGAAUAUCGGUGGAUGAGCUGCUGGAUAGAAGCAACGACAUAAGGCCGUUCAUAAACAGCCUAAUAGACAAGAACCAGGCAGUGGUGCUGAAAGACAUAGACGGAUCAACAACCAUCUUCUACAACUCUCUUGACGAAAUAAAAAACGUAGACGCAGAAAUACUGAAACUGUACGAAGAGGUGGCAGUUCCGGAGACAAGAGAGCUCGAAAAAGAGCUUCUCAACGCAGGGCUAUCUACAAAAACACAAGAGAAGCCAAUGCGCAAGGCUCUCCCCCUGCAGAGAAAGAAAAAGUACCUUAGAAAGAUAAAAAUAACAAAUACGCAUUUGAACAACUCCGAUCUCGGAAUAUAA